CUAAUGUUUCAUAGCCACAGAUUUUGCUCAUCGCUCUGUCCUUCUCCCACCGAUUCAAACCCUAAUUCCGAUUUAAGAUCAGGUUUUGUUGUGAGUAUCGUGAUUUUUGAGUUUAGGGUUUUUUAGUUUCGAAAUUGAUUGAUGCUCAAUAAUUAUGUGAUUAAGAGAUCUGGUCACAUGGGGUUCGGCUUUGUGAACUUUGCUGAGGACGGUGUUGCAGAUCGUGUUUCAAGAAGGUCACACGAGAUUUGUGGACAACAGUUAGUCGCCGGUAGUGCUACUUCUUGAUUUUUGUCUUAACUUAACUUCCCGUAAACUACCCAUUGCAGCUCAUCACUGAUACUUUAUAAGGUGGGCGGGUGAUCAAGAAUGGGAAAUGUGCGCACAUGAAAAUAGUGUUGGGUGGAUGGAGAUGGCUGAGCCGGUUAUGAAUCUUUGUACAAAAACUAUUGAUGGUUCUUAUAUUGAAAAGAAAGAAACUAGAAUGGUUUGGUACUAUGAAGAUGUUGACAAAGAUUUUGGGUCGGAACAGGCUAAGUAACUGUUGGACCAUCUUGAAAACGUACUGGCUAAUGAGUGAGUUGGAGAAGAAGGUAUACCCUGGACAGAUUACACAGGCUGUAUAUGAUGUUGAAGAGGCUACAUUUAUUGCGUUCGACAUGAUUCUAGAAAACAAGCAGAUGGUUAAACCAGAUACUAGAGGUACACUUAUCAAGUUCAUGCAACUAAUGGUGUCUCAUCAUCCUUCCAGAAGGUGUCAGAGGGGAACUGCUAAUAUACUUGUCAAUUUUGACGAUUUAUAUCUUUCAAAAAAAAACAUGGUCUUUUGGAUAAAUUUGGCAUAUGUGGAAAAAAAGGUCCUCGGGGAUAUUGGACGUUUUGUCGUGGUAGCACGAAUGAUACCAGAGGCUUCAGUUGUGGUUUAUGGGUUCUGUUACAUUCAAUCUCAGUGAGAGUGGAAGACGGAGAAAGUGAAAUGGCGUUUUGUGGAUUUAUGUUCGUGUAAUAUGUUCGAUGAACAUGUUUACGAGAUUGAGUGUUUGAUUCUGAUUGUUUUGUGGAUUUACAACAUGAAACAUUGGAGAUUUGAGGAGGUUUGGGGUUUGAGAAGCUAGGGUUUGUGGUUUUGGUAAGUGUUUUUGAUUUAUAAUCUAAUCCAUGUAUGUUUUUUCAUGUGAUUAGAGAGAUUGUUUUUUGUUUUGGCUGACUCUUUUUGGAGUGAAGAUUUUCAUUCUUACCCCGCUCUUCAGAAUCUCUUCUCAAAACCAUAGAUAUCACAACAUGUUUCAAAUGCUGUUACGUUCAUUAUUGGGUAGAAGCACACUGGAAUCUUUCCGUUGUCUUACACGCACAAGGAUAUAAAUGACAACUCUUUAGGCCCUGAUGGUGAUCUUCGAGUCUAUCUAGAAAGUGUGGUCGCCAGUGAAAAUGUCAAAAUGAUGUACAAUUGUUAAUUGUUAGUGUUAAAUGAUAGUGUAAUAAGUCUUAAUUAGUUCCUACUUGCUACAGUUGUUUGUGUUUUGCAAGUUUCAAAGGUUUAAUUUGAUAAUGGUUAGUUAAUAGAUCAGAACGGGCCAGAUUAAAAGUGUGUUCAAUAGUUUCGGGUCAAAAAGUGUCAUUU